UGUUCAUAUUACCUAUAUGGGUAAUGGUUAGGAGAUCCUGUGGGUGGAAUCUUUGAGGAAUAGCAGUGGAAAGAAUGGCUGGAUAAUGUGAAGUUUGCACUCUUCAAUCAGCUCUACUUCUGUGACUCCAGAGUCCCCAUCUGAGAUGGUGAGGAAGGAAACCUUUGGAUUUCAUGGAAAAAAGCCAUUCCAAGGAAGAAUCUCUGCUCAACAAGUCUAUGCUGAACCGGGGCCUGCAAAGCCAGGCGAGGAGGAGGCGGCGGCUAUAGUAGCGCGGCAACGAGAAUGAUGUGGACAUGGACACAGAAUUAUCUCAAACCGCGGGCCCCUGCACUUUGGAGAUCCUGCUGGUAAUGGGGCAGGUUCUAGCCAUUGAACGCUGAUUUUGGGCCCGGGAAACAAGCACAGACUGGUAGGACCGCAUAGUUUUCCAGGUGUGGGACGAUUCGCAGUGGCUGCGAAACUUUCACAUGCGUAAGGGCACUUUCAUGGAACUUUGACUUGCUUUCCCCUGCCCUGAAAUGCCAUAAUACCAAGAUGAGAGCAGCCCUCACAGUGGAGAAGCAAGUGGCAAUAGCCCUCUGGAAGCUUGCAACGCCAGACAGCUACCGGUCAGUCGGGAAUCAAUUUGGAGUGGGCAAAUCUACUGUGGGGGCUGCUGUGAUGCAAGUAGCCAAAGCAAUCAUUAAGCUGCUGCUACGAAAGGUUGUGACUCUGGGAAAUGUGCAGGUCAUAGUGGAUGGCUUUGCUGCAAUGGGAUUCCCUAACUGUGGGGGGGCGAUAGAUGGAACCCAUAUCCCUACCUUGGCACUAGAGCACCAGGGCACCCAGUAUGUAAACUGCAAGGGGUACUUUUCAAUGGUGCUGCAAGCACUGGUGGAUCACAAGGGAUGUUUCACCAACAUCCACGUGGGAUGGCCAGGAAGGGUUCAUGACACUUGCGUCUUCAGGCACACUACUCUGUUUAAACGGCUGCAGCAAGGGAAUUACUUCCCAGACCAGAAAAUAACAGUUGGGGAUGUUGAAAUGCCUAUAGUUAUCCUGGGUGACCCAGCCUACCCCUUGAUGCCAUGGCUCAUGAAGCCAUACACAAGCAGCCUGGACCGUAGUCAGGAGCUGUACAACUACAGGCUGAGCAAGUGUAGAAUGGUGGUAGAACGUGCAUUUGGCUGUUUAAAGACGUGCUGGCGCACAUUACUGACUCUCUCAGAUCUCGGCCAAACCAAUGUCCCCUUUGUUAUUGCUGCUUGCUGUGUGCUCCACAAUCUCUGUAAGAGUAAGGGGGAGACCUUUCUGGCGGGGUGGGAGGCUGAGGCAAAUCACCUGGCUGCUGAUUACAUGCAGCCAGACACCAGGGCGAUUAGAAGAGCACAUCACGAAGUGGUGCGCAUCAGAGAAGCUUUGAAAACCAGUUUCAUCACGGGCCAGGGUAUGGUGUGACUGUCGUGUUUGUUUCCCCUUGAUGAACCGCCCCUCCCUUGAUUGACUCAUUCCCUGUAAGCAACCCAC